ACCACAACAAGCCCUGGGACCACCACCACAUUCCCUGAGGCCACCAGUCCUGAGACCACAGCCACCUUCCCCUGAGUCCAUCAGCACAAUCCCUGUUGUCACCACCACCCCUGAGACCAUCUCCACCACCCCUGGCACCACCACAACCCCUGGCACCACCACCACCUUCUCCGAGACCACCACCACAGCAAGUGGGACCACCCAAACAACCCCUGAGAGCACCACAUCAUUCCCCUGGACCUCCAUCCCAGAGACCACCACCGCCUAUGGGGUCACCACCUCCUUCAUGGGCACGAACACCAGCCCUGAGACAACAACGUUCCCUGAGACCACAAUAAGCCCUGGGACCACCGCGACCUUCCCUGAGACCUCCAGUCCUGAGAUCACAACAGCAUUCCCUGGGUCCAUCAGCACCACCCCUGAGACCAUUUCUGCCACCCCUGGUACCACCACAACCCCUGAGACCACCACCACCUUCUCUGAGACCACCACCACCGAAAGUGGGACCAUGACAACCCCUGGGACCACCACGACAUUCCCUUGGACCUCCAGCCCUGAGGCCACCACCCUGCAUGGGGCCACCACAACCUUCCCUGGGACCACCACCACAACCCCUGGGACAAACACCACCCCUGAGACAACAACUUUCCCUGAGAGAACCACGACCUCCGGUGCCACCAUGACAUUCCCUGGGACCACCAGUCCUGAGACCACCAGCACCAUCCCUGGUAUCACCACCACCCCUGGGAUCAGCACCACCCCUGAGACCAUCUCCACCACUCCCACAACCACCACAACCCCUGACACCACCACCACCUUCUCCGAGACCACCACCACAGCAAGUGGGACCACCACGACUGGUGACACCACAACUUCAGUUGGGACAAGCACUGUCCAAGGGACCACUACAGCAAUCCCUGGGACCACCACCCCUGAGAUCACAACCGUCUCCCCUGGGACCACCACCAUAAGUGGGACCACCAUGACCUUCCCUGAAACCAAAUCCCCUGAGACCACCAGCACCAUGCCAGAGACCCCCACCAGUGCUGAGACCAUUUCUGCCACCCCUGACACCACCACAACCCCUGACACCACCACCACCUUCUCUGAGACCACCGCCACUCUGAGUGCAGCCACCCAGACAACCCCUGAGAGCACCACGUCUUUCCCUUUGUCCUCCAUCCCAGAGACCACCACCACCAUCCCAGAGACCACCACCACCAUCCCAGAGACCACCACCGCCUACGGCACCACCACCACCUUCAUGGGGACAGACACCAGCCCUGAGACAACAACCUUCCCUGAGACCACCACGACCCCUGGGACCACCACCACAUUCUCUGGGACCACCAUGGCUGAGUCCACCAGCCCAGAGACCACCACAUCACCUGGGACCACCACCACCACAAUCCCUGGGACCAUUUCUACAACGCCUGAAGCCAGCACGACCAUCCCUGAAACCACAAUUGCUGAGAGCACCAGGGCCCCAUGGACCACCACGACCUUCCCUGAGACCACCAUGGCUGAGACCACCACUCACCCAGGGACCACUCCCACCAUCUCUGAGACCAUUUCUGCCACCCCUGGCACCACCACAACCCCUGAGACCACCACCACCUUCUCUGAGACCACCACCACAGCAAUUCCUGGGACAGCCACGACCCCUUGGACCACCACGACAUUCCCUGAGACCACCAGCACAUUCCCAGGGACCACUCCCACCACCCCUGAGACCAUUUCUGACACCCCUGGCACCACCACAACCCCUGGCACCACCAGCACCAUCCCCGUGAUCACAACAACAUUCCCUGAGAUCUCAACAGCCUCCAGCACCCUGGUGACCAUCGCUGAAAGCAGCAGCCCUGAGACCACCACCAGCACAGCCCCUGAGACAACCACAACACUUGGUGCCACCACGACCACCCCCAGGACCACCAGCGCUGAGACAACAACGAUCUCUGAGACCACAACAAGCCCUGGGACCACCACCACAUUCCCUGAGACCACCAGUGCUGAGACCACAGCCACCUUCCCUGAGUCCAUCAGCACAAUCCCUGUUGUCACCACCAGCCCUGAGACCAUCUCCACCACCCCCACAACCACCACAACCCCUGACACCACCACCACCUUCUCUGGGACCACCACCACAGCAAGUGGGACCACCACUACUGGUGACACCGCAACUUCAGUUGGGACAACCACUGUCCAAGGGACCACCACAACAAUCCCUGGGACCACCAUCCCUGAGGUCACAACUGUCUCCCCUGGGACCACCACCACCACCACAAGUGGGACCACAGCGGCCACCGGGACCACCCUCCCUGAGAGCACCACAGCCACUGGCCACACCACGACCGUCCCUGGAUCCACCAGCCCUGAGACCACCACCUCAACACCUGGGAUGACCACCACUGCUGAGACAACAACAUUCCCUGAGAGCAGCACCCUUGAGACCAGAACAACCUCUGGCAGAACGUUCCCUGAGACCACCAGGCCUGAGACCACCACCACCGUAAGUGGGACCACCAGCACCAUUCCUGGUAUCACCGCCACCUUCUCUGAGACCACCACCACCACUACCACCAAUUCUGAGACCACCAGGCCUGAGACCACCCCCAACCCAGGGACCACCCCCACCACCCCUGAGAUCGUUUCUGCCACCCCUGGCACCGCCACAACCCCUGACACCACCACCACCUUCUCUGAGACAACCACCACCACCGUAAUUGGGACCACCACCACCCCUGGCACCACCAUCCCUGGGUCUACCAGCCCUGAGGACACCACCUUUCCUGGGACCACCACCACAACACCUGGGACGACCACCACCCCUGAGACAACACCGUUCCCUGAGACCACCACGAGGCCCAGCACCUCCUCAGCAUUCUCUGGGACCACCCUCACCGAGACCACCACCGCCGUUAGUGGGACCACCACGACCAGACCUGAAACCACCAGCCCUGAGACCACCAGCACCAUCCCAGGGACCACCCCCACCACCCCUGAGACCAUUUCUGUCACCCCUGGAGCCACCACAACCCCUGACACCACCACCACCUUCUCUGAGACCACCACCACCACAAGUGGGACCACCACAACAACCCCUGAGACCACCACGUCUUUCCCUCGGACCACCAUCCCUUGGACCACCACCACUAUGGGUCAGACAACCACAGCACCUGGUGCCACCACCACCAGCCCUGAGACCACCACCACUGUGAAUGGGGCCACCACCAGCCCUGAGACCACCAUGACCACUGGGACAAGCAACAUUGAUGGUACCACGGCUACAAGUGGGACCACCACCAUCCCAGAGACCACCACGGCCUCUGGGACCACCACAACCUUCCUUGAGACCACCAGAACAAUCCCUGAGACCACUCCCACCACCCCUGAGACCACUUCUACCACCCCUGGCACCACCACUAUCCCUGACACCACCACCACCUUCUCUGAGACCACCACCACCACCGUAAUUGGGACCACCACCACCCCUGGGUCUACCAGCCCUGAGGACACCACCCUUCCUGGGACCACCGCCACAACACCUGGGACGACCACCACCCCUGAGACAACACCGUUCCCUGAGACCACCACGAGGCCCAGCACCUCCUCAGCAUUCUCUGGGACCACCCUCACCGAGACCACCACCGCCGCUAGUGGGACCACCACGACCAGACCUGAAACCACCAGCCCUGAGACCACCAGCACCAUCCCAGGGACCACCCCCACCACCCCUGAGACCAUUUCUGUCACCCCUGGAGCCACCACAACCCCUGGGACCACCACCACCUUCUCUGAGACCACCACCACCACCUCUGGGACCACCACAACAACCCCUGAGACCACCACGUCUUUCCCUCGGACCACCAUUCCUUGGACCACCACCACCAUGGCUGAGACAACCACAACCCCUGGUGCCACCACGACCAUCCCUGGGGCCACCAGUGCUGAGACCACCACACCCUCUGGGGCCACCACCAGCCCUGAGACAACAACGCUCCCUGAGACCACUGUGACCCCUGGGACCACCACCACCUUCUCUGGGACCACCACCAUCACCCUGGGGAUGACAACAACCCAUGAGACCACCACCACCCCUGGAACAACCACGCCCUACGGGGCCACCACCAUCGUCCCUUGGGCCACCAGCACAACACCUGGGACGAACAUCACGCCUGAGACAACAACGUUCACUGAGAGCUCCACGACAGGUGGGACCACCUUCCCUGAGACCACCACCACUGUGAAUGGGACCACCAGAACCACUGGGGCCACCACCACCAUCCCAGAAACCACGCGCCCUGAGACCACCACCCCUUAUGGGACCACCACCAUCUUCCCUGGGACCACCACUCCUGGGAUCACCAGCACCCUCCCUGAGACCACCAGCACCAUCUCUGGAACCACCACCACCCCUGAGACCAUUUCUGCCACCUCUGGCACCACCACAACCCCUGACACCACCACCACCUUCUCUGAGACCUCCACCACCAGAAGUGGGACCACCACAACAACCCCUGAGACCACCACGUCUUUCCCUCGGACCACCAUCCCUUGGACCACCACCACCAUCCCUGAGACAACCACAGCCCCUGGUGCCACCACGACCAUCCCUGAAACCACCACCCCUGAGACCACCACCACUGUGAAUGGGGCCACCACCACCCCUGAGACCACCAUGACCACUGGGACAAGCAACAUUGAUGGUACCACAGCUACAAGUGGGACCACCACCAUCCCAGAGACCACCACGGCCUCUGGGACCACCACAACCUUCCUUGAGACCACCAGAACAAUCCCUGAGACCACUCCCACCACCCCUGAGACCACUUCUACCAUCCCUGGCACCACCACAACCCCUGACACCACCACCAUCUUCUCUGAGACCACCACCACCACCAUAAUUGGGACCACCACCACCCCUGGCACCACCAUCCCUGGGUCUACCAGCCCUGAGGGCACCACCCUUCCUGGGACCACCGCCACAACACCUGGGACGACCACCACCCCUGAGACAACACCGUUCCCUGAGACCACCACGAGGCCCAGCACCUCCUCAGCAUUCUCUGGGACCACCCUCACCGAGACCACCACCGCUGUUAGUGGGACCACCACGACCAGACCUGAAACCACCAGCCCUGAGACCACCAGCACCAUGCCAGGGACCACCACCACCACCCCUGAGACCAUUUCUGUCACCCCUGGCACCACCACAACCCCUGACACCACCACCACCCUCUCUGAGACCACCACCACCAGAAGUGGGACAACCAACGUUGAUGGUACCACGACCACAACUGGGACCACCACCAUCCCAGGGACCACCGCGACCUCUGGCACCACUGUGACAUUCCCUGAGACCACCACCAUCCCUGUCACCACCACAAUCCCUGACACCGCCACCCCUUUCUCAGAGACAACCACCACUGUAAGCAGGACCACCACAACGACCCUCGAGACCACCCCAUCAUUCCCUUGGACCUCCCUCCCUGAGACCACCACCACCACCCCUGGGACCCCCACAGGACCUGAGAACAUUUCUACCACCACUGAAACCACCACCACCACCCCUGAAAUCACAGCUCCUGAGACCACCAGCACUCCUGGGACCACCACAGAGUUCCCUGGGACCUCCAGCCCUGAGACCACCAAAAUCCCUGAGACCACCAAAAUCCCUGAGACCACCACCACCACCCCUGGGACCACCACAGGACCUGAGACCUUUUCUACCACCACUGAAACCACCACCACCACCCCUGAAAUCACAGCUCCUGAGACCACCAGCACCCCUGGGACCACCACAGAGUUCCCUGGGACCUCCAUGCCUGAGACCACCAAAACCCCAGGGACCACCACGUCUUUCCCUUGGUCCACCAUCCCUUGGACCACCACCACCAUGGCUGAGACAACCAUAGCACCUGGUGCCACCACGACCGUCCCUGGGACCACCAACCCUGAGACCACCAAAAUCCCUGAGACCACCACCACCACCCCUGAAAUCACAGCUCCUGAGACCACCAGCAUGUCUGGGACCACCACGACGUUCCCUUGGACCUCCCUCCCUGAGACCACCACCACCCCAGGGACCACCACCACCACCCCUCAGACAACCACCACCCCUUGGACCACCGCAAUAUUCCCUGAGACCACCCAUCCUGAGACCACCAGCACCGUCCCUGUGCCCACCACCAGUGCUGGGACCACCCCCACCUCCCCGUGGUCCCCCACCACCCCUGAGACCACCACAGCCCUUGGGGUCACCUCCAGCCCUGAGACAACCGUGACACCUGGAGCGGCCACCAGCCCUGGCACCAGCACCCCUGAGAGCACCAGGACCCCUGGGACAACCAUAACUGCUCCUGGGACCAUCACAACCAGUCCUGGGACCACCACCACCAUGACUGGGACAACAGUGACACUUGGGACCACCGUCACCGGGACAACCACCCCCUCUAGGACCACCUCCACCUUCCCUGUGGCCACAACCACAACCCUGGGGACAAACACCCGUCCUGAGACAUCAACGUUCCCCGAGAGCACCGCGACCCCUGGGACCACCACGGAACUCCCUGGGACCACCAGUGCUGAGACCACCACGGCAUCUGGUACCACCACGACAUUCCCUGAGACCACCAGAACGAUCCCUGAGACCACCGCCACCACCCCUGAGACCAUCUCCACCACCCCUGGCACCACCAAAACCCCUGACACCACCACCACCUCCUCUGAGACCACCACCACCAGAGCCCCUGAGACCACCACACCUGAGACCACCACACCUGGGACCACCACACCUGAGACCACCACACCUGAGACCACCACACCUGGGACCACAACAGCUCCUGAGACCACCACACCUGAGACCACCAAAACUGGGACCAUCACACCUGAGACCACCACACCUGAGACCACCACACCUGGGACCACCACACCCGGGACCACCAAAACUGGGACCACCACACCUGGGACCACCACACCUGAGACCGCCACAGCCCCUAAGAGCACCAGGACCCCUGGGACAACCAUAACUGCUCCUGGGACCAUCACAACCAGUCCUGGGACCACCACCACCAUGACUGGGACAACAGUGACACUUGGGACCACCGUCACCGGGACAACCACCCCCUCUUGGACCACCUCCACCUUCCCUGUGACCACAACCACAACCCCCGGGACAAACACCCGUCCUGAGACAACAACGUUCCCUGAGAGCACCGCGACCCCUGGGACCACCACGGAAUUCCCUGGGACCACCAGUCCUGGGACCACCAGCACCGUAACUGGGACCACCAGUGCUGAGACCACCACGGCAUCUGGUACCACCACGACAUUCCCUGAGACCACCAGAACGAUCCCUGAGACCACCGCCACCACCCCUGAGACCAUCUCCACCACCCCUGGCACCACCACGACCCCUGACACCACCACCACCUUCUCUGGGACCACCACCACCAGAGGUGGCACCAGUACAACCCCUGGCACCACCAUGACGUUAUCUUGGCCCACCAGCCCUGAGACCACCACCAGUCCUGAGACCAUUGCUACAUCCCCUGACACCACCACAACCAUCCCUGGUACAUCCCUUCCUGAGACCUCCACCUCUUCUGGGGCCACCACCACCAACCCUGGGACCACCAGCCCUGAGAUGACAACCACCAGCCCUGAGACCACCACUCCAUAUGCGACCACCACCCCAACAGCUGUGACAAACACCAUUCCAGAGACCACCAUGACCUCUGAAACCACCACCCCUGACACCACCACCACCUUCUCUGAGACCACCACCACCAGAGGUGGGACUACAACGACACCAGGGACCACCACCACCAUCCCUGAGACAACCACAGCACCUGGUGCCACCACGACCGUCCCUGAAACCACCAGCCCUGAGACCACCACCUCCUUUGGGACUACCACCAUCUUCCCUGGGACCAACACCAACCCUGGGACCACUACAUUCCCUGGGACCACAACAAGCCCUGAGACCACCACAGAAUUCCCUGGGACCACCAGCCCUGGGAUCACCAGCUCCCUCCCUGUGAUCACCACCAGUGCUAAGACCACCACAACACCUGACACUGCCACAGAAUUCCCCUGGACCACCAUCCCUUGGACCACCACCACCAUCCCUGAGACAGCCACAACCCCUGGUGCCACCACGACCAUCCCUGGGACCACCAUCUCCUAUGGGACCUCCACAAACUUCCCUGGGACCUCUUCCACUGGUCCCAGCAGCACCACAUUCCCUGGGACCACCACCCUGUCCUCUGAGACCACCGCCACCGUAAUUGGGACCACAGUGACACCAGGGACCACCACGACAUUCCCUGAGACCACCAGCACUGAGACCACCACUGCCUACAGGACCACCACCAUCUUCACUGGGACCAACACCAACCUUGAGACAACAACGUUCCCUGAGACCACCUCGACCCCUGGGACCACCACAGAAUUCCCUGGGACCACCAGCCCCAGGAUCACCAGCACCAUCCCUGAGACCACCACCAGUGCUGAGACCACCACAACACCUGAGACCACCACGUCAUUCCCCCGGACCACCAUCCCUUGGACCACCACCACCAUCCCUGAGACAGCCACAACCCCUGGUGCCACCACGACCAUCCCUGGGACCACCAGCCCUGAGACCACCACACCCUAUGGGACCACCACCAUCUUCACUGGGACCAACACCUCAGCACCUGGGACCACCACUGCCCCUGAGACAACAACGGUCCCUGGGGCCACCACGACCGGUCCUGAGACCAUCUCUACCACUCUCGUCACCUCCACUGCCCCUGGCACCACCACGAUCCCAGACACCACCGCCACCACCGGGACCACGGCCACCACCCUUGGGACUUCUCCCACCGGUUCUGGGACCACCCCUAACCCUGAGAGCACCCCCAGAACCCCUGGAACAACCACCAGCAGCCCUGGGACCACCACUAUGGCACCUGGGACCUCCGAAACCACCCCUGGGACCAUCACCAUCACACCUGGGACCAACACCACCACCCCUGGGACCACCACCACCACACCCACGACCACCACCCCUGGGACCAACACCACAGCUGGGACCACCACAAUCAUACCUGUGGCCAACACCACGACAUCUGUGGCCAACACCACCACCCUUGGAACCAACACCAUGACACCUGUGACCACCACCACCACACCUGUGACCACCACCACCCCUGGGACCACCACAAUCACACCCGUGACCAACAACACGACAUCUGUGGCCAACACCACCACCCCUGGGACCACCACCACCACACAUUGGACCACCACCAUGACACCUGUGGCCAACACCACCACCCCUGUAACCACCACCACAGCUGGAACCACCACAAUCACACCCGUGACCAACAACACGACACCUGUGGCCAACACCACCACCCCUGGGACCAACACCCCACCUGUGGCCAGCACCACCUCACCCACGACCACCACCCCCAUGACCAACACCAUGCCACCUGUGACCACCACCGUGACACCUGGGACCAACACCACCACCCCUGGGACCAACACCACCACACCUGUGGCCAACACCACCACGACACCCAUGACCACCACCCCUGGGACCAACACCACCACACCUUGGACCACCACCAUGACACCUGUGGCCAAUGCCACCACACCUGGGAGCAACACCACCUCUGUAACCACCACCACACCUGGAACCACCACCCCUGGGACCAACACCACGACACCUGUGACCAACACCACCACACCUGUGACCAACACCACCACAUCUGAGACUACCACCACCCUUGGGAUGAACACUACCGCAUCUGUGGUCAACACCACCACACCUGUGGCCAACACCACCACCUCUGUAACCACCACCACCCCUGGAACCAACACCCCACCUGUGGCCAACACCACCUCACCCACGACCACCACCCCCAUGACCAACACCAUGCCACCUGUGACCAACACCGCGACACCUGUGGCCAACACCACCACACCUGGAACAACCACCACCACACCUGGGACUAUCACCAUGACACCUGUGGUCAACACCACCCCCCCUGGGACCACUACCACAGCUGGGACCACCACAAUCACACCUGUGACCAACAACACGACACCUGUGGCCAACACCACCACAACUGUGACCAACACCACCCCUGGAACCAACACCACCACCCCUGGGACCACCACCAUGACACCCAUGACCAACACCACCACACCUGGGACCAACACCACGACGCCCGUGGCCAAUGCUACGACAUCUGUGGUCACCAUCACCACACCUGUGGCCAACACCACCACGACACCCAUGACCACCACUCCUGGGACCAACACCACCACACCUGGGACCAACACCACCACACCUGUGGCCAACACCACCACGACACCCAUGACCAACACCCCCGUGGCCAACACCACCACCCCUGGGACCAUCACCAUGACACCUGAGGCAAAUGCCACCACACCUGGGACCAACACCAUCACCCCUAUAACCACCACCACAGCUGGGACCACGACAAUCACACCCGUGACCAACGCCACCACACCUGGAACCAACACCCCACCCGUGGCCAACACCACCUCACCCACGACCACCACCCCUAUGACCAACACCAUGCCACCUGUGACCACCACCGUGACACCUGUAGCCAACACCACCACACCUGGAACAACCACCACACCUGUGACCAACACCGCCACCCCUGGGACCAUCACCACAGCUGGGACCACCACCACCACACCUGGGACUAUCACCAUGACACCUGUGGCCAACAUCACCACCCCUGGGACCAACACGACCACACCCACCAACACCACCUCUGUAACCACCACCACACCUGGAACCACCACAAUCACACCCGUGACCAACACCACCACACCUGUGACCAACACCACCAUGACACCCAUGACCAACACCCCCGUGGCCAACACCACCACACCUGUGACCAAUGCCACAACAUCUGUGGUCACCAUCACCACACCUGUGGCCAACACCAUGACACCUGUGGCCAAUGCCACCACCCCUGGGACCAACACCACCACCCCUGAGACCAACACCACCUCUGUAACCACCACCACACCUGGAACCACCACAAUCACACUUGUGACCAACACCACCACACCUGUGGUCAACACCACCACACCUGUGACCACCACCCCUGGGACCAACACCGCUGUGACCACCACCACACCUUGGACCACCACCAUGACACCUGUGGCCAAUGGCACCACCCCUGGGACCAACACCACGACACCUGGGACCACCACCAUGACACCUGGAACCAACACCACCACCCCUGUGACCAACACCACCUCUGUAACCACCACCACACCUGGAACCACCACAAUUACACCCGUGACCAACACCACCACACCUGGGACCAACACCACACCUUGGACCACCACCAUGACACCUGUGGCCAAUGGCACCACCCCUGGGACCAACACCACGACACCUGGGACCACCACCAUGACACCUGGAACCAACACCACCACCCCUGUGACCAACACCACCUCUGUAACCACCACCACACCUGGAACCACCACAAUUACACCCGUGACCAACACCACCACACCUGGGACCAACACCACCAUGACACCCAUGACCAACACCCCCGUGGCCAACACCACCACCCCUGGGACCAUCACCAUGACACCUGUGGCCAAUGCCAACACCACCACACCUGUGGCCAACACCACCACCCCUGGGACCAACACCACAGCUGGGACCACCACCACCCUUGGGAUGAACACCACCACGCCUGUGGCCGACACCACCACGAUACCCACGACCACCACCCCUGGGACCAACACCACCACACCUGGGACCAUCACCACAGCUGGGACUACCACAAUCACACCUGUGACCAACACCACGACACCUGUGGCCAACACCACCACACCUGUGGCCAACACCACCACGACACCCAUGACCACCACCCCUGGGACCAACACCACCACCCCUGGGACCAACACCACGACACCUGGGACCACCACCAUGACACCUGGGACCAACACCACGACGCCCGUGGCCAAUGCUACGACAUCUGUGGUCACCAUCACCACACCUGUGGCCAACACCACCACACCUUGGACCACCACCAUGACACCUGUGGCCAAUGCCACCACACCUGUGAGAAACACCACCACAGCUGGGACCACCACCACAACACCUGGGACCAACGCCACCACCCCUGGAACCAACACCCCACCUGUGGCCAACACCACCUCACCCACGACCACCACCCCCAUGACCACCACCAUGACACCUGUGACCACCUCCGUGACAUCUGUAGCCAACACCACCACACCUGGAACAACCACCACACCUGUGACCAACACCACCACACCUGGGACCAACACCACCAACCCUGGGACCACCACCCCUGUGACCAACAACACGACACCUGUGACCAACACCACCACGCCCGGGACCAUCACCACCACAUCUGAGACUACCACCACCCUUGGGAUGAACACCACCACACCUGUGGCCAACACCACCACCUCUGUAACCACCACCACCCCUGGAACCAACACCCCACCUGUGGCCAACACCACCUCACCCACGACCACCACCCCCAUGACCAACACCAUGCCACCUGUGACCACCUCCGUGACACCUGUGGCCAACACCACCACACCUGGAACAACCACCACCACACCUGGGACUAUCACCAUGACACCUGUGGUCAACACCACCACCCCUGUGACCAACACCACCACACCUGUGGCCAACACCACCACCCCUGGGACCAUCACCAUGACACCUGUGGCAAAUGCCACGACAUCUGUGGUCACCAUCACCACACCUGUGACCAACGCCACCUCACCCACGACCACCACCCCUAUGACCAACACCAUCUGGGACCACCACAAUCACACCCGUGGCCAACGCCACCACCCCUGGAACCAACACCCCACCUGUGGCCAACACCACCUCACCCACAACCACCACCCCUAUGACCAACACCAUGCCACCUGUGACCACCACCGUGACAUCUCUGGGACCACUGCAAUCACACCUGGGACCACCACCACGACGCCCGUGGCCAAUGCUACGACAUCUGUGGUCACCAUCACCACCCCUGGGACCAACACCACCACCCCUGGGACCAACACCACCACACCUGGGACCAAUGCCACAACAUCUGUGGUCACCAUCACCACACCUGUGGCCAACACCAACACAACUGGAACCAACACCCCACCUGUGGCCAACACCACCUCACCAACAACCACCACCCCCAUGACCAACACCAUGCCACCUGUGACCACCACCGUGACACCUGGGACCAACACCACCACACCUGGGACCACCACCAUGACACCGCACCACCGCUGGGACCACCACCACAGCUGGGACCAACACCACCACCCCUGGGAUCAACACCACCAGCCCUGUAACCACCACCACACCUGGAACCACCACAAUCACACCCGUGACCAACACCACGACACCUCUGGGACCACCACAAUCACACCUGUGACCAACACCACCACACCUGGGGCCAACACCACCACGACACCCAUGACCAACACCCCCGUGGCCAACACCACCACCCUUGGGACCACCACCAUGACACCUGUGGCCAAUGCCACCACACCUGGGACCAACACCACCACACCUGGGACCAUCACCACAGCUGGGACCACCACAAUCACACCCGUGACCAACAACACGACACCUGUGGCCAACACCACCACCCCUGGGACCAACACCCCUGGGACCAACACCCCUGUGACCACCACCACCCCUGAGACCACCACCACCACACCUGGGACCAACACCACCAUGACACCCAUGACCAACAGCCCCGUGGCCAACACCACCACCCCUGGGACUACCACCAUGACACCUGUGACCACCACCACACCUGGAACCACCACAAUCACACCCGUGACCAACACCACCACCCCUGUGACCAACACCACACCUGGAACCAACACCACCACACCUGUGGCCAACACCACCACGACACCCAUGACCAACACCCCCGUGGCCAACACCACCACCCCUGGGACCAACACCCCACCUGUGGCCAACACCACCUCACCCACGACCACCACCCCCAUGACCAACACCAUCUGGGACCACCACAAUCACACCUCUGGGACCACCACAGUCACACCCGUGACCAACACCACCACACCUGUGGCCAACACCACCUCACCCACGACCACCACCCCCAUGACCAACACCAUGCCACCUGUGACCACCACCGUGACACCUGUGGCCAACACCACCACAACUGUGACCAACACCACCCCUGGAACCAACACCACCAUGACACCCAUGACCAACACCCCCGUGGCCAACACCACCACCCCUGGGACCACCACAAUCACACCUGUGACCAACACCCCACCUGUGACCAACACCACCACCCCUGGGACCAACACCACCACACCUGGGACCAACACCACGACGCCCGUGGCCAAUGCUACGACAUCUGUGGUCACCAUCACCACACCUGUGGCCAACACCACCACACCUUGGACCACCACCAUGACACCUGUGGCCAACACCACCACGACACCCAUGACCACCACCCCUGGGACCAACACCACCACACCUGUGACCAACACCACCACACCUGUAACCAACACCACACCUGGGACCACCACAAUCACACCCGUGACCAACACCACCAUGACACCCAUGACCAACACCCCCGUGACCAACACCACCACCCCUGGAACCAACACCACCACCCCUGGAACCAACACCCCACCUGUGGCCAACACCACCACACCUACGACCACCACCCCCAUGACCAACACCAUGCCACCUGUGACCACCACCGUGACACCUGUAGCCAACACCACCACACCUGGAACAACCACCACACCUGUGACCAACACCACCACACCUGGAACCAACAACACGACACCUGUGGCCAACACCACGACACCUGGGACCAACACCACGACACCUGGGACCAUCACCACCACAUCUGAGACUACCACCACCCUUGGGAUGAACACCACCACGCCUGUGGCCAACACCACCACGAUACCCACGACCACCACCCCUGGGACCAACACCACCACACCUUGGACCACCACCAUGACACCUGUGGCCAAUGCCACCACCCCUGGGACCAACACCAUCACACCUGUGACCAACACCACGACACCUGGGACCAACACCACCACGACACCCAUGACCAACACCCCUGGGACCAACACCACCACACCUUGGACCACCACCAUGACACCUGUGGCCAAUGCCACCACCCCUGGAACCAACACCACCACACCUAGGUCCACCACCACCACACCUAAGACCACCACCAGCACCACACCUAAGACCACCAGCACCACCCAGAGAACGACCACCACCACACCUAAGACCACCACCACCACACCUAAGACCACCACCACCACUACCACACCUAGGACCACCACCACCACACCUAGGACCACCACCUCCAACCAUACAACCACCACCACACCUAGAACCACCACCACACCUAGGACCACCACCACACCUAGGACCACCACCUCCAACCAUACAACCACCACCACCACCACACCUAGGACCACCACCACACCUAGGACCACCACCUCCAACCAUACAACCACCACCACCACCACACCUAGGACCACCACCACACCUAGGACCACCACCUCCAACCAUACAACCACCACCACCACACCCACAACCACCACCACACCUAGGACCACCACCUCCAACCAUACAACCACCACCACCACCACACCCACCACCACCACCACACCUAGGACCACCACCUCCAACCAUACAACCACCACCACACCUAGAACCACCACCACACCUAGCACCACCACCUCCAACCAUACAACCACCACCACACCUGUGACCACCACCACCACACCUAGGACCACCACCACCACACCUAAGACCACCAGCACCACUCGGAGAACCACCACCACCACCACCACAACCACCACAACCACCACCACCACCACCACCACCACCACCACCACCACCACCACUCCGCGCUCCACCACCACCACCACCACACCUAGGACCACCAGCACCACACCUAAGACCACCACCACCACACCUAGGUCCACCACCACCACACCUAAGACCACCACCAGCACCACACCUAAGACCACCAGCACCACCCAGAGAACGACCACCACCACACCUAAGACCACCACCACCACUACCACACCUAGAACCACCACCACCACACCUAGGACCACCACCUCCAACCAUACAACCACCACCACCACACCCACAACCACCACCACACCUAGGACCACCACCUCCAACCAUACAACCACCACCACCCCCACACCUAGAACCACCACCACACCUAGGACCACCACCUCCAACCAUACAACCACCACCACCACCACACCUAGAACCACCACCACACCUAGGACCACCACCUCCAACCAUACAACCACCACCACCACCACACCCACAACCACCACCACACCUAGGACCACCACCUCCAACCAUACAACCACCACCACCACCACACCUAGGACCACCACCUCCAACCAUACAACCACCACCACCACCACACCCACCACCACCACCACACCUAGGACCACCACCUCCAACCAUACAACCACCACCACCACCACACCUAGGACCACCACCUCCAACCAUACAACCACCACCACCACCACACCUAGGACCACCACCACACCUAGCACCACCACCUCCAACCAUACAACCACCACCACACCUAGAACCACCACCACACCUAGGACCACCAGCACCACACCUAAGACCACCAGGCCCUGCCACAACGGCGGCACCUGGGUCGACGGCCACUGCCAGUGUCCCCCCGGCUUCUCCGGGGACAUGUGUGAUGACGUCAGAGACACCAUCCAAACCCAAGCCCAGACCAACGGGACGGUGCAGGUGGAGCUGCGGGUCACCAACCGGGACUUCACCGAGGACCUCGAGGACCCCACCUCACCCACCUACGUCGAGUUCGUCCAGGACUUCACCAAGCAGAUGGACGUGGUCUACGCCGACAUCGAGGGGUACAAGGGCAUCGAGGUGCACAGUCUCAAGCCCGGCAGCGUCGUGGUGGAUCACAGCAUCAUCGUCUCCCUGCUGGUGACCGCCCAGAGCCAGGAGAAGCUCCAGAACAUCACGGCCAACGUGCAGGAGAAGAUCGAGCAGGCGGCAACGCAAUUCAACUGCACCAACGGUGACAUGUGCUUCAACUCCUCCGAGGUUGUGGUCACCGAAACCCCGCUGGAAUUCGAUGAGGAGGCCUACUGCCAGAGCCAAGCGCCCGAGGGAUACCGGGAAUUCUUCUUCCCCAACCUGACGAGCUCCGGGUUGACCUGCAUGUCCAACUGCACUCCGGGCACGGCCAGCACCAUCGACUGCAACCGGGGAAAGUGCCACAUCACCCACAGAGGUCCUCAGUGCUUCUGCGACGAGACCCAUCUGUACUGGUACCAAGACGACCGCUGCGUGUCCCGGGUCAGCAAACUGGCCGUGGGCCUGGGCUUGGCCGUGGCCGUCCUGGUCAUCGUGGUCGCCGUCCUCUCCAUCUUCCUCAUCCGAGCUCGGAGAUCUGAGUCCUUCAACCUGGCCGAGAAGAAGAUGAUGGAGACGUGGUACCAGGACACCAGCGAGGAGUGGAGCCCCCAAGGAAGCUUCACCUUCCGGAACCAAGGUGCCCGGCUCGAGGAUGAGCAUCCAGUCAACCUGGAGGCCGUGGAAACGUCAACGCCGGGAGGUGAUUUCCACCACCGGAACCUCACCAUCAUCAUCGUCAUCGUCAUCGUCAUCGUCAUCAUCAUUGUCAUUGUCAUCGUCAUCAUCGUCAUCAAUGUCGACAUCAUCAUGAUCAACAUGAUCAUCGAAAUCCUCAUCAUCACCAUCAUCAUCAUCAUCACCAUCAUUAUUAUCACCACCAACAUGAUCCCCAGCCCCGGCCCUGCCGUGGAGCCACCUCUUGUCCCCAGCAGGUGA